CUUCUUUCUCUUCUGUUUGAAGAUUUGUUCAAAAAAUUUAACUCUGAACUGAAAAAGAUUGCUGACCAGGUAAUCCCCAAGCAACGUGCAGCUCAGUUUGAUGUAGUAAAGCAUAUGCGUCAAGACCAAAUCACCAAUGGCAUGGUCAAUGCCAUCUCCACAGGAAAUUGGUCUCUGAAGAGAUUCAAAAUGGACCGCCAAGGUGUGACGCAAGUAUUGUCCCGUUUGUCUUACAUAUCUGCUCUGGGAAUGAUGACUAGAAUCUCUUCUCAGUUUGAAAAGACAAGGAAAGUGAGUGGUCCUCGGUCACUGCAACCAUCUCAGUGGGGCAUGCUCUGCCCAUCUGAUACUCCUGAAGGAGAGGCUUGUGGUUUGGUUAAAAACCUUGCCCUCAUGACUCACAUUACUACGGAUAUGGAAGAUGGCCCAAUUAUUAAAUUAGCCAGUAAUCUUGGAGUUGAAGAUGUCAACUUGCUCUGCGGUGAAGAACUUUCAUAUCCAAAUGUGUUCCUUGUUUUCCUUAAUGGUAACAUCCUUGGUGUCAUACGUGAUCAUCAGAAAUUAGUCAACACGUUUCGAAUAAUGCGUCGAGCAGGUUAUAUCAAUGAAUUCGUUUCCAUCUCUACAAAUCUUUCUGACAGAUGUGUCUACAUUUCCUCUGAUGGCGGGAGAUUGUGCAGACCCUACAUAAUUGUCAAGAAGCAAAAACCUGCGGUUACAAACAAGCAUAUGGAAGAACUGGCUCAGGGCUACAGGAAUUUUGAAGACUUCUUGCAUGAAGGCCUUGUUGAAUAUUUGGAUGUGAAUGAAGAAAAUGACUGUAACAUUGCACUAUAUGAACAUACAAUUAAUAAAGAUACAACACAUUUGGAGAUUGAGCCUUUCACGCUUCUUGGUGUCUGUGCUGGGCUGAUUCCAUAUCCUCACCACAACCAGUCCCCAAGGAACACUUAUCAGUGUGCCAUGGGGAAACAAGCAAUGGGUACUAUUGGAUACAAUCAAAGAAACAGGAUAGAUACUCUUAUGUACCUUCUAGCCUAUCCACAAAAGCCAAUGGUAAAAACAAAAACAAUUGAACUGAUAGAUUUUGAGAAACUGCCUGCUGGACAGAAUGCCACAGUUGCUGUGAUGAGCUACAGUGGUUACGAUAUCGAAGAUGCUCUUGUCUUAAACAAGGCCUCUUUGGACAGAGGUUUUGGAAGGUGUCUUGUGUAUAAGAACGCCAAGUGUACACUGAAGCGUUACACAAACCAGACAUUUGAUAAAGUUAUGGGUCCAAUGUUGGACGCAGCUACCCGGAAACCAAUCUGGCGCCAUGAAAUUUUAGAUGCUGAUGGUAUCUGCUCUCCAGGUGAAAAAGUAGAAAAUAAGCAAGUCCUUGUGAACAAAUCUAUGCCAACUGUGACCCAGACGCCUCUGGAAGGAAGUAGUGUGCCUCAGCAGCCACAGUACAAAGAUGUGCCAGUAACCUACAAAGGUGCAACUGAUUCAUACAUUGAAAAAGUAAUGAUUUCAUCAAAUGCAGAGGAUGCUUUCUUGAUCAAGAUGUUGUUGAGGCAAACUAGACGUCCAGAAAUUGGAGAUAAAUUUAGCAGUCGUCAUGGGCAGAAAGGGGUGUGUGGACUGAUUGUUCCUCAGGAGGACAUGCCAUUUUGUGAUACAGGAAUCUGUCCAGAUAUCAUAAUGAACCCUCAUGGCUUCCCAUCGCGUAUGACGGUAGGAAAGUUAAUUGAACUCCUUGCUGGAAAGGCUGGGGUCCUCGACGGCAGAUUUCACUAUGGAACAGCUUUUGGAGGCAGUAAAGUUAAGGAUGUGUGUGAAGAUCUUAUUCGCCAUGGUUAUAACUACCUGGGGAAGGACUACGUAACAUCUGGUAUCACUGGAGAGCCUUUGGAAGCAUAUAUCUAUUUUGGCCCUGUGUAUUACCAGAAACUAAAGCACAUGGUGUUGGAUAAAAUGCAUGCAAGAGCUCGAGGACCCAGAGCAGUGCUCACCAGGCAACCCACUGAAGGUCGAUCCCGUGAUGGUGGUUUGCGUCUUGGAGAGAUGGAACGGGAUUGUUUGAUAGGUUAUGGAGCCAGCAUGCUUCUGUUGGAAAGACUGAUGAUUUCAAGCGAUGCCUUUGAAGUGGAUGUUUGUGGGCAGUGUGGCUUGCUGGGGUACUCUGGCUGGUGCCACUAUUGCAAGUCAUCAUGUCAUGUGUCUUCUCUGCGCAUACCUUAUGCCUGUAAACUCUUAUUCCAAGAACUGCAGUCAAUGAACAUCAUACCUAGGCUAAAACUAGCAAAGUACAAUGAAUGAACAAGAUGAAAAAAAUGGCAAAAAGUACUUUACGGAAACUGAAAUCCAGCAUAUAUAACUGGAAGAUUUUUUUGGUGAACAGGAAUAACUCUAAAAGUUGAGUGGGUAGAAGGGAGGUGCAAGACAGUGUAAGAAAUCUUUCUUACGUAUCCUACCUGGUUUUAAGUUGUCAGGGGAGACUCUGUCAGUAGAAUACACUGGAGCAGUUCUGAAAGCCUUGAUGAGUUUGAGUGAACAGGACAUGUGGGAAUUGCAGAAUAAGGCCAUGAUCCAGCAAAGUAUUUGCAUCACUUCAGACAACACCAUGCUUGGUUUUGAAAAGUGCUUUGUUGGACAAGGGCUUGAGCUGAGCUAAAUGCACAUCUUACUCAUAGAGGUUAAAAAUGUUUUCCAGACUAGUGGACUAUGAAAGACUAAUAAAUGUUUUAAAUAAUAAUAAUACUGCCUGAA